AUGACGGCUCCUCACAGCGACGACGACCUCCAGCUGCAAGCCCUCGGCCACAAGGGCGAGCUGCAGCGCAACUUCUCGCUUCUUUCCAUGCUGGGUCUUGCCUUUGCCAUUCUCAACUCAUGGACUGCCCUCUCCACGUCGCUCUCGCUGGCGCUGCCAAGCGGCGGCUCGACGUCGGUCAUCUGGGGCCUGUUGACGGCUGGCAUCUGCAAUCUUGCUCUGGCGGCGUCGCUCGCAGAGUUCCUCUCGGCCUACCCUACGGCUGGCGGACAAUACCACUGGGUCGCUGUCAUCACACCGCGGAAAUGGGUCCCGCUCGCGUCCUGGAUCACGGGCUGGAUCAACGUCUCCGGAUGGAUCGCCCUGACCACAUCUGGAGGUCUCUUGGCUUCUGAGCUCAUCGUCGGCAUCGUGUCCCUCUUCCACCCCGACUUCGCCAUCAAGCCCUGGCAGCAGUACCUGAUCUACCUCGCCUGGACCCUCAUCGCCUUCUUCGUCAACGCCUUCAUGAACAGGCUGCUCCCGUAUCUCAACAAGGGGGCGUUCAUGUGGUCGAUUGGCGGGUUCGCCAUCAUCUGCAUCACGGUCCUGGCGUGCUCGUCGGGCGAGUUCGCUUCUGCCGAGUUCGUCUUCACCGAGUUCAUGAACAACACGGGCUGGCCCGAUGGCAUCUCGUGGCUGCUGGGCUUGCUGCAGGGUGGCUUCGGAAUCACCGGGUACGACGCGGUGGCGCACAUGAUCGAGGAGAUCCCCAACGCCAGCGUCGAGGGACCCAAGAUCAUGAUCUACUGCGUCUGCAUCGGCACCGUCACUGGCUUCAUCUUCCUGAUGAUCCUGCUGUUCGUGUCGGGAGGCGACGCAGACACCAUCAUCGAGGCCGGAUCCGGGCCGCUGGUGUACAUUAUCAACCACGCGACCAAGAGCCGCGCCGGGGCCGUGUGCCUGCUCAUGUUCCCGCUCGUCUGCGUUCUCUUUGCGGAGAUUGCCAUCAUGACCACGUCGUCGCGCAUGUCGUAUGCAUUCGCGCGAGACGGCGGUCUUCCGUUUUCCACGGUGUUUGCAAAGGUCGACAGCCGGCUCGGCGUGCCGCUCAACUCGCUCAUGCUCGCGGCGGGGCUCGCGCUCGUGUUCGGGGUGAUUAUGAUCGGGUCCAGCAGCGCCUUCAACGCGCUGAUUGCGGCGUCGGUGGUCGCGCUCGGCGUCAGCUACGCCAUCCCCGUCGCCAUCAACGUCUGCCGCGGGCGCAGGAUGCUGCCGGACCGCGCCUUCACGCUGGCGCCGUGGCUGGGCUGGUCGGCGAACCUGCUCGGUCUGGCCUACGCCAUCGUGACGACGGUGCUGUUCGUCUUCCCGCCCGAGCUCCCCGUCACGGGCAGCAACAUGAAUUACUGCAUCGUCGCCUUUGGCAUCAUCCUGUUCAUCAGCACAAUCCAGUGGUUUGUCGACGGGCGCGCGAACUUCACCGGCCCCCGGGCAGAUAUGAGCCUCGAGGUGCUCGAGGCGAUGAAGACCAAUAGUUCGAGCACGGCGGCGGCGGCGGUGCUUGAGCCCAAGUUCGCGGGUGAGGCUGAGCUCGAGAAGUAG